AAUCUAUUACAAAAGAAGCUGAGGAUGACAGUGAUGAUGAAGAUGAUGAAGAUGAUGAUGAUUCUGAAGUCAAAGAAGAAAAUGGUGUAUUAGUUUUGAAUGAUGCAAACUUUGACACCUUUACUGCGGACAAGGACACUGUGCUGCUGGAGUUCUAUGCACCAUGGUGUGGGCAUUGCAAGCAGUUUGCUCCUGAAUAUGAAAAGAUAGCCAAAACUCUGAAGGAAAAUGACCCUCCUAUUCCAGUUGCCAAAAUAGAUGCUACUGCAGCUACUUCACUAGCAAGUCGUUUUGAUGUCAGUGGCUACCCAACCAUCAAAAUCCUGAAAAAAGGCCAGCCUGUUGACUAUGACGGUUCUCGGACAGAAGAUGCGAUUGUGGCCAAAGUCAAGGAGGUUUCUGACCCCAGUUGGACUCCUCCACCAGAAGCUACCCUGGUAUUGACCCAGGAUAACUUUGAUGAUGUCGUGAAUGGGGCUGACAUAAUCCUGGUAGAGUUCUAUGCUCCAUGGUGUGGACACUGCAAAAGGCUUGCUCCAGAAUACGAGAAGGCUGCCCAGGAGCUCAGUAGGCGCACACCUCCUAUUCCCCUGGCUAAAGUCGAUGCCACUGCUGAAACUGAGCUUGCAAAGAAGUUUGAUGUUACUGGCUACCCAACUCUGAAAAUCUUCCGCAAGGGCAAACCUUAUGACUACAAUGGUCCACGGGAAAAAUAUGGUAUUGUCGACUACAUGAUUGAACAGGCUGGUCCUCCAUCCAAACAGAUUCAGGCUACCAAGCAGGUACAGGAGUUUCUGAGGGAUGGGGAUGAUGUCAUCAUCAUUGGUGUCUUUAGUGGAGAGAAUGACAAAGCCUAUCAGCUCUAUCAGGAAGCAGCUAACAGCUUAAGAGAAGAUUAUAAAUUCCACCACACCUUCAGCAAUGAGAUUGCAAAACUACUCCAAGUGUCUCCAGGAAAACUGGUGGUCAUGCAGCCAGAAAAAUUUCAGUCAAAGCACGAGCCCAAGAUGCAUGUUUUGGAUCUUAAGGACUCUACAGAUGGAUCAGAGAUUAAAGAGCAUGUGCUAAAACAUGCCUUGCCUCUAGUUGGUCAUCGCAAGCCUUCCAAUGAUGCUAAAAGAUAUGCUAAGCGUCCUCUAGUGGUUGUCUAUUAUUCUGUAGACUUUAGUUUCGACUAUCGUGUUGCUACCCAGUACUGGAGAAGCAAAGUCCUGGAAGUGGCCAAAGACUUCCCUGAAUAUGUGUUUGCUGUUUCUGAUGAGGAAGAUUAUUCUUCUGAAAUAAAAGAUUUGGGCCUGCUUGAGAGUGGAGAGGAUGUCAAUGUUGCCAUUCUGGAUGAAGGUGGCAAGAAAUAUGCCAUGGAGCCAGAAGAGUUUGACUCUGAUGUACUCAGGCAAUUUGUGCUGGCAUUCAAAAAAGGAAAACUGAAGGCUAUUGUGAAGUCCCAGCCAGUGCCAAAGAAUAAUAAAGGGCCUGUGAAGGUGGUAGUGGGUAAAACUUUUGAUACCAUAGUACUGGAUCCAAAGAAUGACGUUCUCAUAGAGUUCUAUGCCCCAUGGUGUGGACACUGCAAGAAACUAGAGCCGGUGUAUACCGAGCUAGGCAAAAAAUACAAGAAUGAAAAAAAUCUAGUUAUAGCCAAGAUGGAUGCUACUGCUAAUGAUGUGACAAAUGACCACUACAAAGUGGAGGGAUUCCCAACUAUCUAUUUUGCUCUGAGGGACAAGAAGAACAACCCUAUUAAAUUUGAAGGCGGGGACAGAGAUUUAGAGCAUUUGAGCAGAUUUAUAGAGGAGCAUGCAACAAAACUCUCCAGAACAAAAGAAGAGCUUUAGAUAAGAUGAGGGUGGUGAAGAAAAAAUGUUUGUACAUUGUAGUUAAAAGCAAGUUACUGACAAAAUGAUGUGAGAGAAGAAUUAAGCAUUUUGAGCAAGGAAAUUCUGGAGCAGUAAAGCAGUAUCUUUUUUUUAUAUGGCAGGAAAGUGUUUCUGGACACUGAACUUCUGAUAUGAAUGUCUUACAUUAGUUACGGUUUUGAUCUUUGGAGAAAAUACAUCCUUUAUUUUUUGUGACUA